UUGAAGCGGCGGCUGAAGGGGCCAGGGUUGGGUCGCUAGUUCCGCUUCCCCUUCGCCGUAGCGGAAUUAUCCAAAGGCCCAAAAGACACAAGACUACUUCCACUGUAAAUAGAAGCGGGCACGUUUCUGCUAACUCAUUGGUGUGUGCCGUGAAGGUCCCAGAUGUUACUGCGGGUACACUUUUAGCGGAUUUUUAAGCGCUUUCCAACCCAUCGGUGGUGCUCCUGGAGCCGAGCGGAGCUGGUGGGAUCCCCGGUACGUCUUGGUGCUUUCUGUCUUCCAUAUGUGAACACCGGUGCCUCAUGCUGAUGUGAGUGCCACCUCCCUUCUUUACCACCCUCAUCAUCCUCACCUGCUGUGAUCCACUGCCCAGUUGGCACUGUGAGGUUCAGAGCAGCCUCCCACCAUGUGCGAUAACGGAGACCCAGAGGACAAACCCCCAGCCCCUCCAGUCAGGGUGACCAGCACCAUCUUCGGUGCCGGUGCCAACAAGGACUCGUUUUCAGCCAACCACAGCUCCAAACCUUUACCGUCUGUGCCCGAGGAGAGGAAACCUCGCAAAGGCUUUUCAAUCUUCUCAGUGGCAGAAAAAGGGGGCAGGAAGAAAGAUCGAGACAAAGAGCGGCCAGAGAUUUCUCCACCUUCAGAUUUUGAACACACCAUACAUGUCGGCUUUGAUGCUGUAACCGGAGAGUUCACGGGUAUGCCAGAGCAAUGGGCCCGGCUACUCCAGAAAUCCAACAUCACUAAGUCAGAGCAGAAGAAAAACCCACAGGCUGUGCUCGAUGUUCUUAAGUUCUUCGACUCUACGGGCAAAAGUCGCCAGAAGUACCUCAGCUUCUCCUCCUCUGAAAAAGAUCAUUUCACUCCAGGACCUCAGUCCCCUGCCAAACAAAGCCCUGAACCCUCCUCUCCGAACAUCAAAGACAUAGAUGACGACGACGAUGAUGAAGCUCCUCCUCCUAUUGUGGCGCCGAGACCAGAACAUACAAAGAGUAUGUAUACCCGUUCUGUUAUUGACCCCAUCCCUGCUCCGAGCACGUGUCCUGAUGGGGACGCUGCGUCCAAGACUGCAGACAGACUAAAAAACAAGAGAAGGGUAACAGACGAGGAGAUCAUGGACAAACUGAGAACCAUAGUCAGCAUCGGAGAUCCCAAGAAAAAGUACACACGAUAUGAAAAGAUCGGUCAGGGGGCAUCAGGAACAGUAUUCACAGCCAUAGACGUCGCCACGGGACAGGAGGUUGCAAUUAAACAGAUUAAUCUACAGAAGCAGCCGAAAAAGGAGCUCAUCAUCAAUGAGAUUUUGGUGAUGAAGGAGCUGAAGAACCCCAACAUUGUGAACUUUUUAGACAGUUUCCUGAUGGGGGAGGAGCUGUUUGUGGUGAUGGAGUAUCUGGCAGGUGGCUCACUGACGGAUGUGGUCACAGAGACCUGCAUGGAUGAAGCUCAGAUAGCUGCCGUCUGCCGAGAGUGUUUACAAGCGUUGGAUUUCCUCCACGCUAAUCAAGUCAUUCACCGAGAUAUCAAAAGUGACAACGUGCUGCUUGGGAUGGAUGGUUCUGUGAAGCUGACUGAUUUUGGCUUCUGUGCCCAGAUCACUCCAGAACAGAGCAAGCGUAGCACCAUGGUGGGCACACCCUACUGGAUGGCUCCUGAGGUGGUGACCCGAAAGGCUUACGGGCCCAAAGUAGACAUUUGGUCGCUUGGUAUUAUGGCCAUCGAGAUGGUUGAAGGAGAGCCUCCUUACCUGAACGAGAACCCACUACGAGCGUUAUACCUGAUUGCUACAAAUGGCACACCGGAGCUCCAGAAUCCAGAGAAGCUGUCUCCAGUUUUCAGAGAUUUCCUGAACCGCUGCCUGGAAAUGGAUGUAGAGAAAAGAGGCGGAGGCAAAGAGCUGCUGCAGCACCCGUUCCUGAAACUGGCCAAGCCCCUCUCCAGUCUAACGCCCCUCAUCCUGGCAGCCAAGGAGGCCAUGAAGGGCAGUCGUUAGCCGAUGAACCCAGCUACCCUGCUUUCCCAUGCUGUGCACAGAUACGUGCCAACCAUUUUAGAUUUUGUACCAGACAAUAGGCUGAGAGUGGCUCACCACUCCUGAUGCACCAGCCUUGUAAGCCCUGACAAACCUCACUGUGAAGAAGACCAAAAAGCUAGAGCACAACCACACCGCUGUCUAUGUGAACUCUUUAUUUUCUCUCAGAUGUCAGAAGACGAGACAAACUGAAGUGCAUAGAUUCAGAGUCAGGCAUAGUUUACCUUGUACAUCACAUCUGGUAAAAAGUUAGGGCUAGGCUUAUAUUUAACUUGGAAUGAAGAAAAUGCCUAGUUCUGAUUAGUUUUUUUUUAAUCAACUGCCUUAAACAGAUGCAAAGUGUUGCCUAAUGUAUUGUUGAUUGUGUCGUU